AUGUCAUGCUUCACGCGCGGAUACGUUGUCAAGAAAUUCGGCCUAGACGAUCUCUUCAUCGCCAUCGCCGUUACCCUCGGAGCCGCACAGACAGUCACCAUCAUAUUGCAAAUCGAGCAUGGCCAGGGACGACAUGCAUCAGAGCUUCACGUGGAGCAAUUCGACGAGAUGCUCAUGGUAUGUUCAACACACCUUGUGACACUCGACUUAGUACUGACAGUGGACUAG